AUGGUGGCCUCAUUUUCACCGUCGCCCAUCACCGGAAAACUGCCCUGUUUCCCUUCUUCAGCUUCCCCAGUCAGCUACCGUCUUCAUCUCCCGGCUCAUAAUCUCAAGUGGGGGUUUGGAGUUGAGUCUGAUGGCAACUCUGGAGCUGGUAGAACAAAAAGUCGAGCUUUUCGAAUCUCUGCAACUUCCAAUGCAUCAGGAAGUUCGAAAAGAGAGGUGAUCAUGGUCGAUCCAGCCGAAGCCAAGCGAUUAGCUGCGAAGCAGAUGGUAGAAAUUCGAAGGAAAGAGAGACUCAAGAGACGGCGUGAGAUCGAGGCGAUCAAUGGAGCAUGGGCAAUGAUAGGUCUCACAGCAGGUUUGGUCAUUGAAGGUUACUCUGGGAAGACCAUAAUAGAACAGUUGGCUGGGUACCUGUCUGCCAUCGUCCAUAUUUUCGUACGAUAG